UUUGGGCCGUACAGAGGAGUACGUAGUAAGGACGCUGCUUCAAACUACUGCUGGCAGAUCUACGACAAAGACCACAAACCCUCGCACAUGGUGGACGCCGCAGACGGGAACAACUCCAAUUGGAUGCGGUUUAUUAACUGCUCUAGACAUUGGAGUGAACAGAACCUCGUCGCGUUCCAGUACAAGGGAGAAUUGUAUUACUGCACAAUUAGAACUAUUCCUCGCAAUACGGAGCUGAUGGUGUACUAUGGGAGUGAGUUCGCACAUCGCCUGCACGUCGAUAUCGGUCGAUAUAACUCACCUGUAGACGAAUUUGUUAUACGACUCGCAGCUAGUUAUGAACACUACGAUAAAAUGUAUGCAGAAUUGACCAAUCCAAGUAAUAUGAGUGGAACUUCGUUGAAGCAAUCUGUUGACUUGACGGAAAAAAAGAAAUUUAUUCCAGUUAAAAAGUCAAAUUCAAGCAAUGUUAAUGGACCAACGCACAAUCAAACUAUUGCUUCGAAGAAAACUAAUAAAAUACAUUCAGAUACAAAGUCUAAUGUCAGUAUCCUAAGUGAAAAAACCAAUCAAUCUGUUGAAUUGAAAGAAUAUAACACAAUAUAUAAAGAUAAAAAGUCUCAAUCGGAUAAUGUUACUAGAACAACGCCCAACAAACCUGAUGCUUCAAAGGUACAUAAUACAUGUGAAAUGACUGAAUCCAGUAAUGUUGGCGGAACAAUGUCCAAUCAAUGCAGUUAUUUAAAGCAAGGUACAGGUCAACACACUGGUGAAAAACCAUACUCUCGUGAUGAAUGUGGUCAAAAUAUCACAGAAUCUGGUCAUCAGACGAACCACAAAAUAAUACACACCUGCGAUAAACCGUACCCAUGCAAUGUAUGUGGUAAGAGUUUCAAUCAAUCUAGUCAUUUGAAAACACAUAGUAAAAUACAUACCGGUGAUAAAUCUUACCCGUGCAAUGUAUGUGGUAAGAGUUUCAUUCAAUCUAGUCAUUUGAAAACACAUAGUAAAAUACAUAUCGGUGAUAAACCGUACCCAUGUCAUGUAUGUGGUAAGAGUUUCAAUCAAUCUAGUCAUUUGAAAACACAUAAUAAAAUACAUACCGGUGAUAAAUCAUACCCGUGCAAUGUAUGUGGUAAGAGUUUCAUUCAAUCUAGUCAUUUGAAAACACAUAGUAAAAUACAUAUCGGUGAUAAACCGUACCUAUGUAAUGUAUGUGGUAAGAGUUUCAAUCAAUCUAGUCAUUUGAAAACACAUAAUAAAAUACAUAUCGGUGAUAAACCUUACCCGUGCAAUGUGUGUGGUAAUACUUUCAGUGAUUCUGGUAAUUUGAAGACACAGUAAAAUACAUACCGGUGAUAAACCUUACCCGUGCAAUAUGUGUGUUAAGAGUUUCAGUGAAUCUGGUCAUUUGAAGAGACAUAGUAGAAUACAUACCGGUGAUAAACCAUAUACAUGCGACAUUUGUCCGCUGAAAUUUACUCAUAAACAAUCUCUUGUUAUGCACUUUCAGAAACGUAUGUUAUAAUAAUAACUUCUUUCAUUAUCCUGUGUUAAUUAAAGCCUCCUAGUUAGUUUGUAAAUAUUAACCUGUUUCUAUGUAUGUCUCAGCUAUAAACCAUAUAUACGACUACGAGUAUCGUAUUUAAAAACAUUAGAAAGAUCUUAUUAUUUUACAAACUUACCA